GACGAUGGCAUCCUGAAAGAGAUCGACAUCAGCCAGCACACCAAAGAGGGCUUUGAAAAGGCAGACCCCUCCCAGUUUGAGCUGCUGAAAGUGCUAGGCCAAGGUUCCUAUGGAAAGGUAAACAUAUAGCUACCUGGAUUAAAGUGUUUGGCUCUAUGUUACACCUACUUUAUAUGUACUAUGCAUUUGUCACAUUUUCCCUACCGUUCAAUCUGACAUUAAUCUCAUCCGUAAGUGUUCAUUUGUCACAUUUUCCCUACCGUUCAAUCUGACAUUAAUCUCAUCCAUAGGUGUUCAUUUGUCACAUUUCCCCUAAUGUUCAAUCUGAUUAAUCUCAUCAAUAGCUGUUCAUUUCCCCUACUGUUCAAUCUGAUAUUAAUCUCAUCCAUAGGUGUUCCUGGUGAGAAAAAUCAAAGGCUCUGACAGAGGACAGCUUUAUGCCAUGAAAGUGUUAAGGAAAGCAACGCUAAAAGGUACUUAUUCUGAUACUUUCGAAGAGUGGUAUGUUUUUCAUCAGACCAAUCUGUCACACCCUGGCUCUGGGACUCAUUAUGUUGAGCCAGGGUGUGUUCAUUUCUAUGUGUGUAUUUCUAUGUUGGUGUUCAUUCUAGUUUGUUGUAUUCUAUGUUUGCCUGAGUGACUCCCAAUCAGAGGCAACGAGUGUCAGCUGUUGGCUGGUUGUCUCUGAUUGGGAGCCAUAUUUAAACUGUAUGUUUUCCCUUUGUGGUUGUGGGUUUUUGUUCCGUGUUCGGUCAUUGAUACCGUGGACGUCACGAGUCGUUUCUUGUUUUGUUUCGUGCUUUAACUAAUUAAAGUCAUGUUUGUUCAUCACGCUGCGCCUUGGUCUACUCCUUACCUCGACCUUGACAGAAAAACCCACCCGCCAAUGACCAAGCAGCGUGUCCAGGGGCAGCUCUUGGGCUGGACAUGGGAGGAAGCGCCGGGAGAAGAGACGGUGGAGGCGCGCCGUAGAGAGGAGCUACGGCGUGAUCAGGGUCGUCGUCGGACGGUCGUGAGGCAACCCCAGAAAAUUUUUAGGGGGGGGCACACGGCAUGGACGACGGGGCUGAUGGAGGAGAAAAGGGGGCGGAUCCAGAAGGCCACCAGGCCAGGGGUACACCGCCCUGUACGUCCUGUGCGGAUGCCUCACACAGAGUGUGUGAGGGUAGGCAUUCAGCCAGGACGGGUGGUGGCCGCUCUUCACUCCAGGCCUCCUAUCCGUCUCCACAGCCCGGUUCGGCCUGUCCCUGCUCCACGCACCAAGCCUACGGUGUGCGUCGCCAGCCCAGUCCGGCCUGUCCCUGCUCCACGCACCAAGCCUACGGUGUGCGUCGACAGCCCAGCCCGGCCUGUCCCUGCUCCACGCACCAAGCCUACGGUGUGCGUCGCCAGCCCAGCCCGGCCUGUCCCUGCUCCACGCACCAAGCCUACGGUGUGCGUCGCCAGCCCAGUCCGGCCUGUCCCUGCUCCACGCACCAAGCCUACGGUGUGCGUCGACAGCCCAGCCCGGCCUGUUCCUGCCACCCGCACCAAACCUACGGUGUGCGUCGCCGGCCCGGUCCGGCCUGUUCCUGCCACCCGCACCAAGUCUACGGUGCGCGUCGCCAGCCCGACCCGGCCUGUUCCUGCCACCCGCACCAAGUCUACGGUGCGCGUCGCCAGCCCGACCCGGCCUGUUCCUGCCACUCGCACCAAACCUACGGUGCGCGUCGCCAGCCCGGUCCGGCCUGUUCCUGCCACCCGCACCAAGUCUACGGUGCGCGUCGCCAGCCCGACCCGGCCUGUUCCUGCCACUCGCACCAAACCUACGGUGCGCGUCGCCAGCCCGACCCGGCCUGUUCCUGCCACUCGCACCAAACCUACGGUGCGCGUCGCCAGCCCGACCCGGCCUGUUCCUGCCACUCGCACCAAACCUACGGUGCGCGUCGCCAGCCCGGUCCGGCCUGUUCCUGCCACUCGCACUAAGCCAGGGGUGCGAGAAGUCAGCCUGGUAAGGCCCGUUCCUUCUCCACGCACCAAGCCAGGGGUGCGAGUCGUCAGCCUGGUAAGGCCCGUUCCUCCUCCACGCACCAAGCCAGGGGUGCGAGUCGACAGCCUGGUAAGGAUCGCUCCUGUUAAGUCCAGUCCUGCUCCAGCCGGCGGGGCCAGACUGGACCAGGGGCACUAUGGGGGGUGUAUUGGAGGGUGGUGGUCAAGGCCGGAGCCAGAACCGCCGCCGAGGAGGUAUGCCCGCCCAGCCCUCCCCUGGUUUGUUUAGUUGAGGCGCGGUCGCAGUCCGCGCCUUUAGGGGGGGGGUACUGUCACACCCUGGCUCUGGGACUCAUUAUGUUGAGCCAGGGUGUGUUCAUUUCUAUGUGUGUAUUUCUAUGUUGGUGUUCAUUCUAGUUUGUUGUAUUCUAUGUUUGCCUGAGUGACUCCCAAUCAGAGGCAACGAGUGUCAGCUGUUGGCUGGUUGUCUCUGAUUGGGAGCCAUAUUUAAACUGUAUGUUUUCCCUUUGUGGUUGUGGGUUUUUGUUCCGUGUUCGGUCAUUGAUACCGUGGACGUCACGAGUCGUUUCUUGUUUUGUUUCGUGCUUUAACUAAUUAAAGUCAUGUUUGUUCAUCACGCUGCGCCUUGGUCUACUCCUUACCUCGACCUUGACACAAUCUUGCUAAAACCGUAAUAUUAUUACAGUAAACAGACAUGAUCGGGGUAUGAUUAAAUUCCCUAUCCAGCCAAACUGGUUUUCUGGCAUAAGUCAAAAAAUAUAUAUAUAUGAAUAAUAAAUCAAAAACAUCUUACGUUUCCUGUACUCAUCAAAUCUCAGUCAAAAACAUCUUAUGUUUCCUAUACUCAUCAAAUCUCAGUCAAAAACAUCUUACGUUUCCUGUACUCAAUCAAUCAAUCUGUCAAAAACGCUUUACGUAAAAAAAUAUCUGCUCUAGAAAAUGAAAUGCGGUCUUUUGGCCCUGUCUCAGGAAAUGGAGAUUAUAUUCUCCUUGCUUACAUAAUACAGGCACAGCUGCAGGAAUGUCUUCACUGCAAAGCAGAGAGCCAUUGCAAGAGGAAGCUGGCAUAAUAUUCUGCAUUGCAGUACAGGUGCUUGAGGGGAUUAUGAUUAUGAACACCGAAUUAUUGAUAACGAAGUAGCUGACCUCCAUUUCUCAGGUGACAUAGGGAGAAGGCUUAGGUAAUGCAGAUAGAUGAGCAAAAUGCAGCAAAUCAUUGCAUUAGCCCACUCUGUCUCUUAUGUGAUGACAUUCCCAAUGCACUGACUAGAUAAGUGGCUGACUAGUGACGGAGAUGUCUUACAUAUGCAUGGUUGAGCGGUUUCCAGAUUUUCAUAGUAUCAACAGUUUUGACGGUAUAGAAAUUCAUACUUGAGGUAUUUUAUACAGUAUCAUCGGAUACCGGCCCAACUCUUAUGGGUUGUUCAUGUAUAGCUUUUGUCCACAUCUGUUCAGUUCUACAAGUAUCUUAAUUCAUUACCACUAUUUUUGAUAAGCUUUGUAUGUUUUUCAGUCCGGGAUCGGGUGCGGUCCAAAAUGGAGAGAGACAUUCUGGCUGAAGUCAACCACCCCUUCAUAGUCAAACUCCAUUAUGGUGAGUGUAUUUCCCAAGUGCUUCUUUCUCAUCCAUGCAACCAUGUUCUGACUGGCACACAUACAACAAACAUUGAGACAUGAAAACUUGCUUGAUAAGACAGCCAAAUAAUUAUGUGAUGAGAUUGUCUUUAGUCAUCAGUUGUUAGAAUAGUUCUGCCAUUAGGCAGCAGGCAGAAACACAUUGUGAUAUCAAAUAGAGUAGGUUCUUGCAUUGAAUAACUCUACAAAUGUUUUAUAAAGCUUGGCACGUCUCUCUAAAAAUUUCAGUGACGUCUGGAGCCCUUCAGACAGCAUUAGCCAUCACUCCGUCUCAAAGCACCUCACCUCCUUGUUUAUUAGCGUGCUCUGAAUAUUGCCACAGCAGCCCCAGGCAAACAGAUGCACUCAACAAAGCAGAUAAUAGGAAUACACAAGGAGACCAUAUUAUCAAAAAAAGAUUUUCCUUGACAUGUGCCUUUAAGCAGAGCCGGAUUACUGAAUGGGCACGUAGGGCACAUGCCCCGGGCCCCCCCGAACUCCAGGUGGUCCCCAACCAAAUUGAUUUAUUUUGGGUUGUGGGCCCCCUGGAAGUCGGGGGCCCCCCAGAUAGCAUAUGAAAGCAAAAAGUGUAGAAUUGCAGUAAAUUUGCUUUAAAACUGCCAACUCUUCUCUCAGCCUCAUUGCAAAAUGUGAACAAUAGCAUGAGAUGACCUAUAAAGCAGCAGAUGUUUCUCUCUGACCCAUGGCAAAAAGUGUCGAAUUUCAGGAAAUUAGCUUUAAAACGGCAACAUUUUCUCAUAGCCUCAUGACAAGAUGUGUAGGAUAGCAUUGUAAAGCUGCAGACUUUUUUCAACAUAAAAUGGAGGUCGGUGCCCCAGGGCCCCAAAUGCGGUAGUCUGUCCUUACCUUUAAGCAGUAUAACUUCUCACCAUACUCCAAUUCACAUUUGGAGUGUUUUCAUUUUAUUGCAUGUCAUGAGCGAAGGAGAAUAUGUAUUUUGUGUGACCAUUUAUGUUGUUUUUAUGGCCCAGCCUUUCAGACGGAGGGGAAGCUGUAUCUGAUUCUAGACUUCCUCCGAGGCGGAGACCUCUUCACACGGCUUUCCAAAGAGGUCAGUCAUCAUGUUACUCACUGUGAUGGCUUACUGCUCAUUCACUGUUUUAUUAAUACAUUCAAUCACCACAUGCAUGAUGUUUAAAAAAAUAAUAAUUUUAGAAGCAUUUCCAAUAAUUUGUUUUCUUGGUGCAAAUGUCCCUUUGAUUGAAUAGUUACAGUAUAUUUCGAGACAUUCUCAAUUUGCGUGAUAUUACUUAUAUUUUUUAUUGGUCAACAAUGACUCAACAGCAAUUGGUAAUUUGGCUUAUAGAGUAAAAACCCUCCCUAGUAAAAUCCCUUCCAAUGUGUUAUUUCUAAGUCAUGGCCCUUAAACUAUCUCUUUAGAUUUGUUUGCCUUCAUUGACAACAUCAACAAAAAGUACAUUCCAAAAGAGAGAAAAUCAGUUUCGAUGACCAAUUGUAUGUUCAAUGCCGAGCUAUUGAUGGAUCUUUGACACUUCUUAGUAGUACAGUGAUUCAUCAUGCCACUUUGGGGCCCAUCACUGUGCACCACAAUUACCAAUUGUGGCUUGCGAAAGUAUUCACCCCCCUUGGCAUUUUUCCUAUUUCGUUGCCUUACAACCUGGAAUUAAAAUUGAUUUUGGGGGGGUUUGUAUCAUUGGUACCCUCCCCCCCUUUUAUUUAACUAAUUAUGUGACUUCUGAAGGUAAUUGGUUGUACCAGAUCUUAUUUAGGGGCUUCAUAGCAAAGGGGGUGAAUACAUAUGCAUGCACCACUUUUCCGUUAUUAAUUUUUUUGAAUUUUUUGAAACAUUUGUCCAUUACAUGAAAUCCAAAUAAAAAUCAAUUUAAAUUACAGGUUGUAAUGCAACAAAAUAGGAAAAACGCCAAGGGGGAUGAAUACUUUUGCAAGGCACUGUAUAACUGCCUCUCAGCCACCAUCAUAGUUAGCCUUCCUGUGAAGUAAUUUCAGAGCUUGAGCCAAGUAGGAGCAAAUCGGUCCCCAAAACACUGUGUGGCCCUCCGUUGAAUUUUGAAAUCCCAAUGAGGCCCUCAAGUCAAAAUUAUUGCCCACCCCUGCAAUAGCCUGUAUUGAAAUACUGCUAUUAUGAAGAAAUUAUAGACAACAACUCAUUUGAUUAAACCAUUGGCUCAUAGAGUUCCUUUGGGACAUUUAGCCAACAACUGCAGAUUGUUUCAUCACACUAUACAUUUUUUAACUCAUUAAUUGGCGAUACUCCAAGCUAUGUGGAUUGCAGUAUUUUGUGUUUGUAACAAACAAUGAUCAUAUUUAACAUGCUAGUUGACUCCAUUAUGAAUUAAGAUGCAUGUAUUAUAUACAGUGCAUUCGGAAAGUAUUCAGACCCCUUGACUUUUUCCAAUGUUUGUUACGUUACAGCCUUAUUCUAAAAUGAAUGUAAAAAAUGUUUCUCUCUCUCAUCAAUCUACACACAAUAACCCAUAAUGACAAAGCAAAAACUGGUUUUUAUAAGUAAAAAAAAAUAAAAAAUACGGAAAUAUCACAAUUACAUAAGUAUUUGUUGAAGCACCUUUGGCAGCUAUUACAGCCUCGAGUAUUAUUGGGUGUGACGCUACAGGCUUGGCACACCUGUAUUUGGGGAUUUUCUCCCAUUCUUCUCUGCAGAUCCUCUCAACCUCCGUCAGGUUGGAUGAGGAGCGUCGCUGCACAGCUAUUUUCAGGUCUCUCCAGAGAUGUUAGAUUGGGUUCAAGUCCAGGCUCUGGCUGGGCCACUCAAGGACAUUCAGAGAUUUGUCACGAAGCCACUCUUGCGUUGUCUUAGCUGUGAGCUUAGGGUCGUUGUCCUGUUGGAAGGUGAACCUUCACCCCAGUCUGAAGUCCUGAGCGCUCUGGAGCAGGUUUUCAUCAAGGAUCUCUCUGUACUUUGCUCUGUUCAUCUUUCCCUCAAUCCUGACUAGUCUCCCAGUCCCUGCUUCUGAAAAACAUCCCCACAGCAUGAUGCUGCCACCACCAUGCUUCACCGUAGGGAUGGUGGCAGGUUUCCUCCAGACGUGACGCUUGGCAUUCAGGCCAAAAAGUUCAAUCUUGGUUUCAUCAGACCAGAGAAUAUUGUUUCUCAUGGUCUGAGAGUCCUUUAGGUUCCUUUUGGCAAACUCCAAGUUGGCUGUCAUGUGCCUUUUACUGAGGAGUGGCUUCCGUCUGGCCACUACCAUAAAGGCCUUAUUGGUAGAGUACUGCAGGCCUGAUUGGUAGAGUGCUGCAGAGAUGGUUGUCCUUCUCGAAGGUUCUCCCAUCUCCAUAGAGGAACUCUGGAGCUCUGUCAGAAUGACCAUUGGGUUUUUGGUCACCUCCCUGACUAAGGCCCUUCUCACCCGAUUGCUCAGUUUGGCCAGGAGGCAAGCUCUAGGAAGAGUCUUGGUGGUUCCAAACUUCUUCCAUUUAAGCAUAACAGAGGCCACAGUGUUCUUGGGGACAUUCAAUGCUGCAGAAAUGUUUUGGUACCCUUCCCCAGAUCUGUGCCUCGAAACAAUCCUGUCUCGGAGCUCUACGGACAAUUCCUUUGAACUCAUGCCUUGGUUUUUGCUCUGACAUGCACUGUCAAAUGUGGGACCUUAUAUAGACAGGUUUGUGCCUUUCCAAAUCAUGUCCAAUCAAUUUAAUUUACCACAGGUGGACUACAAUCAAGAUGUAUCUCAAGGAUGAUCAAUGGAAACAGGAUGCACCUGAGCUCAAUUUCGAGUCUCAUAGUAAAGGGUCUGAGUACUUAUGUAAAUAAGGUAUUUCCGUUUUUUAUUUUAAAUACAUUUACAAAAAUGUCUAAACCUGUUUUCACUUUGUCAUUAUGAGGUAUUGUGUGUAGGUUGAUGAGGAACAUUUUAAUCUAAUACAUUUUAGAAUAAGCCUAUAACAUGACAAAAUGUGGAAAAGGGGAAGGCGUCUGAAUACUUUCCGAAUGCACUGUAUAUGAAUGUUAUCCGAUUUUAGCAAGUUAUUGAUUUCAUGUACCUUAUUUCUAAGGCUACAUACAGUUGAAGUCGGAAGUUUACAUACACCUUACCCAAAUACAUUUAAACUCAGUUUUUCACAAUUCCUGACAUUUAAUCCUAGUAACCAUUCCCUGUUUUAGGUCAGUUAGGAUCACCACUUUAUUUUAAGAAUGUGAAAUGUCAGAUUAAUAGUAGAGAGAAUGAUUUAUUUCAGCUUUUAUUUAUUUCAUCACAUUCCCAGUGGGUCAGAAGUUUACAUACACUCAAUUAGUAUUUGGUAGCAUUGCCUUUAAAUUGUUUAACUUGGGUCAAACGUUUCGGGUAGCAUUCCACAAGCUUCCCACAAUAAGUUGGGUGAAUUUUGGCCCAUUCCUCCUGACAGAGCUGGUGUAACUGAGUCAGGUUUGUAGGCCUCCUUGCUCGCACACGCUUUUUCAGUUCUGCCCACAAAUUUUCUAUAGGAUUGAGGUCAGGGCUUUGUGAUGGCCACUCCAAUACCUUGACUUUGUUGUCCUUAAGCCAUUUUGCCACAACUUUGGAAGUAUGCUUGGGGUCAUUGUCCAUUUGGAAGACCCAUUUGCGACCAAGCUUUAACUUCCUGACUGAUGUCUUUAGAUGUUGCUUCAAUAUAUCCACAUAAUUUUCCUUCCUCAUGAUGCCAUCUAUUUUGUGAAGUGCACCAGUCCCUCCUGCAGAAAAGCACCCCCACAGCAUGAUGCUGCCACCCCCGUGCUUCACGGUUGGAAUGGUGUUCUUCGGCUUGCAAGCAUUCCCCUUUUUCCUCCAAACAUAACGAUGGUCAUUAUGGCCAAACAGUUCUAUUUUUGUUUCAUCAGACCAGAGGACAUUUCUCCAAAAAGUAAGAUCUUUGUCCCCAUGUGCAAUUGCAAACCGUAGUCUGGCUUUUUUAUGGCGGUUUUGGAGCAGUGGCUCCUUCCUUGCUAAGCGACCUUUCAGGUUAUGUCGAUAUAGGACUUGUUUUACUGUGGAUAUAGAUACUUUUGUACCUGUUUCCUCCAGCAUCUUCACAAGGUCCUUUGCUGUUGUUCUGGGAUUGAUUUGCACUUUUCGCACCAAAGUACGUUGAUCUCUAGGAGACAGAACGCGUCUCCUUCCUGAGCGGUAUGACGGCUGCGUGGUCCCAUGGUGUUUAUACUUGUGUACUAUUGUUUGUACAGAUGAACGUGGUGCCUUCAGGUGUUUGGAAAUUGCUCCCAAGGAUGAACCAGACUUGUGGAGGUCAACAAUCUUUUUUCUGAGGUCUUGACUGAUUUAUUUAGAUUUUCCCAUGAUGUCAAGCAAAUAGGCACUGAGUUUGAAGGUGGGCCUUGAAAUACAUCCACAGGUACACCUCCAAUUGACUAAAAUGAUGUCAAUUAGCCUAUUAGAAGCUUCUAAAGCCAUGACAUCAUUUUCUGGAUUUUCCCAAGCUGUUUAAAUGCACAGUCAACUUAGUGUAUGUAAACUUCUGACCCACUGGAAUUGUGAUACAGCGAAUUGUAAGUGAAAUAAUCUGUCUGUAAACAAUUGUUGGAAAUAUUACUUGUGUCAUUCACAAAGUAGAUGUCCUAACCGACUUGCCAAAACUAUAGUUUGUUAACAAGAAAUUUGUGGAGUGGUUGAAAAACAAGUUUUAAUGACUCCAACCUAAGUGUAUGUAAACUUCCGACUUCAACUGUAUAUUCAUAUUCUUAGCCCUUCCCUGGGUAGCUUAUCGGAGAUAAUAUGCAGAGAAAAAAGUGGUGUGUGUGUGUGAUGUUGGGCUGAAGCUACUGACCCUGAAGCUUGGCUCUCUUACUCCUCCCAUGCUUUUGGGAGGGAGGGUGGAGAAUGAUCUUGUUGUAGCGGAUGUAAGCAAUGUCCCCACGCUCUCUGGCAGCUUUUAUAUCUGGGAUAAGUUAUUUCCGGCUCUGGCGCACAGCUUCAGAGAAGUCCUCGUUCAGGAAGAUGUUGGUUUCUCUCAAGUUCAAGGCUCAAGCUUGACCACUAUCGGCCUGGGUCUAUCACCUGGGCUGGUUACAGGUUUUCCAGACCUGUGGGCGUGCUCCAUCUCAAUCUUCCUAUUUUCCAUCUGCAGCUUUUCGAUGAUCAUUUUUCUCACUUUCUCCUCAGAGUCCGUCCAGGCCUCAUGUGGAGACUGGUAUGACAUCCACAACAAUGUUAUUCCUCCUGGAUUGUCCCUCUAGAUAGUAGGGCUGGGAAUUGCCAGGGACCUUACAAUACAAUAUUAUCAUGAUACUUAGGUGCCGAUACGAUAUGUAUUGCGAUUCUCACAAUGCUAUAUGUAUUGUGAUUCGAUACUGUGAUUUUAUUGCGAUUCGAUGUUCCAAACAUAUUGCUCACCAUAUGUCUGCUGCAGAGGGUUUUGGUGUAGGUACAGCCAACUAGCACAAAAAUAAUAUUGCAACAUUGUCAAAACAAUACGAUAUAUCGUCAAAAAUAAUAUCCUGAUAUGUAACUGUAUCGAUUUGUUUCAUCACUACUAGAUAGUCUGUUUUCCCAGUCAUCUGAAAUAAUGAUACACAGACAGUGAUGUCAUCUCACGUGAGCUUACAGUUUGUUGUCAUCUUGCUGCAAGUCUCUUUCUGUCACGGUUUCGGCCGAGGCUGCCUCUCUUCCUUGUUCGGGCAGGCUUCGGCGUUCGUUGUCUCCGGAAUACUAGCUGCCACCGUUGUAUGUUUCAUGUUCGUUUGCAUUUGUCUGUUUGUUGUGACACCUGUUCUCGUUUAGCGUAAUUAGUGUCCUAUAAGUUUCUCGUUGUGUUUGUCUAGUGUUGUGUGUUAUUGAUUUUGGUCUGUCGUGUGUUGGGCUAUUUUCGCUAUUGCGCUCGGUUGAGCUUCCCUCCACUGCGUUGGAGUGUUUCCGCACCUGUUUAGUGCGCUUUUGUUUGUUCGCCUUCGUGCGUAAUUUCGCCUUCGGGCAAGUUCGUGUCGUAUUUUCCUUGUGGAGAUUGACUAAAGUCUGUUGGACUAUACUUUGGUGUCCUGCGUUUGAUUCCACCACUACACCCACCUACAGCACUCGUGACACUUUCAGGACAUCCACCUCUCACUGGGAUAACUGCAAACUGUUCUUAUGGUCUUGGACUUCUCUGGUCAGAUUGCCCAUUAUUUUGUUAGUUGAGUCCACCAGUAUUUGGACAAAGCUCUUGAAGCUGUUUUCCCAUUGCUGUAACAAUUGCUUGUAGACAUAUUUUUGUUGAUUUUAAACGAUCACGCACCUGUCAUAGUGAAACACUGUCCUCUCCAUUACUCCAACCUUAUUUAACUUUGGGCGGCAUUAUGGUAGCAACGUAGGCUAAAACUGGUACUCCACGCAAUUCCAGCCAUCACAGCUCACAGGGCCGAUGUGAAUCGCAAUACAUAUCGUAGGCCUCCUGUAGCUCAGUUGGUAGAGCAUGGCGCUUGUAACGCCAGGGUUGUGGGUUUGUUUCCCACGGGGGGCCAGUAUGAAAAAUGUAUGCACUCACUAACUGUAAGUCGCUCUGGAUAAGAGCGUCUGCUAAAUGACUAAAAUGUAAAAUGUAACAGCAACAAACAGCAGAAAUUUUUACCGCCACAAGCGUGGGACUAGGGCUGGGAUGAUAUCAGUAUCGCGAUACUCGUUAGUAUCGUGGCAAGGAAACAAAACACAAAGCGGAUUUAACUUUAGGAAAACAGCCCUAAUGUUGUAACCAAACAUCAUUAUGUUGUCAUCCAGUGUAAUGUAUUUAUUUUCCAAGCUAUAGCACACAAUAUUAUACAUACAGCAGGUAUUUAAAGGACCAAAGAGUUUGUUCUGCUUCGUGUUUUCACUUUUGCCAUGGAAAAUAUUGCGAUACUGGUAUCGUCACAGCCCUAUUAAGCACACACCCCUGGGGGGCCCCCAUGUUGAGGGUGAGAGUGGCAGAGGUGUUGUUGCCUUCUCUUACCACCUGGGAUCAGCCCGUCAGGAAGUCCAUGAUCCAGUUGCAGAGGGAGGUGUUCAGCCCCAGGGUCCCGAGCUUGGAGGGCACUAUGGUGUUUGAAAUCUGAGCUGUAGUCGAUGAACAGCAUCCUCACAUAGGUACUCCUCUUUUCUAGGUGAGAGAGGGCAGAGUGGAGUGCAAUUGAGAUUGCAUUGUCUGUGGAUCUGUUGGGGCAGUAGGCAAAUUGGAGUGGGUCCAGGGUGUCUGGGAUGACGGAGUUUAUGUGUGCCAUGACCAGCCUUUCAAAACACUUCAUUAUUACAGAUGUGAGUGCUAUAUGGCAGUAGUCAUUGUGGCAGGAUGCCUUAGUGUUUUUGGGAACAGGAAUGAUGGUAGUCAGCUUGAAACGUGGGGAUUGCAGACUGGGAGAGGUUGAAAAUGUCUGUAAAGAGACCUGCCAGCUGGUCUGUACAUGCCCUGAGGACAUGCCCUGGAAUACCGUCUGGCCCUGCAGCCUUACGAGUGUUGACCCGUUUAAAAACCUUACUCACAUCAGCCUAAGAGAGAGAGAGAGAGAUCACCCUGUCCUCCGGAUCAGUGGGGGGCCUCAUGCAGGGCUCUGUGUUAUUUCCAAACCUCUCCUUGAGUACCCCCAGCCAUUGUUCUUAUUUGUUCAAUUCCAACUAGCAUACCGGCUCUAACUGGUCAACUAAUCAUCAAGCCCCUGAUUAGUUGAAUCGGGUGUGCUAGUAGGCCUACUGGAAUAUAUCAUAUAAAAUGAACUUUCUGGGGUACUUGAGGGGAGGUUUUCUCAAAUAAAUGAUUAAGUGGAUAGAGACCUUGAUUAUUAUUGCAUAAUAAAUACAACCUGCAGUCUGGAUAAUAGACCACCAACUUUGUAAAUGAGUUCAUCCAUUUACCCAUGCUUCCUAAAACUACUGCCUCCUACAGUAUGUGUCAUCGUGACUACUACCAAUCCUUUUGUAAAUGAUAACUGGAAUCAAAUUGGACAAACAAUUUGUCUCUCUGGAUUUAAAUUUGCUCUUCUGGGCGGACAGACAAGUGGGAAUUGAGAUAUGAAUUACUUACUGCUGGUCUUGGAAAUCACUCAUCUGGAGCAGAUGCCCUAAUGCUGGCAGAAACUUGUUACUUUCACCGCAAUUAAAUUCUCUACUUGGCACCGCAGAGUUUAUUACCCACACAUAUUCUAUUUGGGAGCUAAAGUAAUCUUUCUAUGGUUAAAAUGAUCUAUUUAGUAAACAAAGAGAAAGACAACAAUCCAUGCUCUACCUGAGGAAACUCAGCAAAGUUUGUAUUAAGAUGAAUGCAACUCGCUCUGGAUAAGAGUGUCUGCUAAAUUACUAAAAUGUAAAUGUUGUAUAACGUCCUUGAUGCAAAUAUUUUGGGUGAGGUUCCAAACAGCUGGCUUUGUGGUCAAGUUAAUCAGUUUCAAUAGUGUUCAAUCUGUGGGUAGAGCUCUUGUUUUGCUCAUGCUACCUGACAUCGGAAUUAUGGAAAGCUGUCUGUUUGUUUUUCAUGUGUUUAAAACACAUCAAUGUAGGCUACUCUAGGGUUUUAAAAACAUGGCUUUUAUUUUCACAAUCAUAUAUCCCGCGUGUACUGUUUGCAUCUUGUCAAUGACUAAUUAACUGUUACUUUUAUAUUUCACCUUUCUCCAUCUGCAGGUGAUGUUUACUGAAGAGGAUGUGAAGUUCUAUCUGGCUGAGCUGGCCUUGGCCUUAGAUCACCUUCACAGUCUGGGCAUCAUCUACAGAGACCUCAAACCAGAGAAGUAAAGCCUCACUGACUGUACUGUGCCAUAGACUACUUCCCUAUUCAAAGAGCAUCUUGCAUACCCAUUCUCUGCAGCUAUACAGUUUUUACCCAUAUGAGUACUCCUACUGUACACAAUGUUUCUUUAUCACAGAGACUGAAUGAAUAUUCUGAUCGGGAAUGACCAAGUACAUAACUGUCUGAUUUGAUAUCGUAUACUUCCGAUCCAGGAGUUCAAACAAGGUUGCGUUACUGCGCCGUGUUGCUGCCUGUGACAGGUCUAUAAAAAAAGCUACAGGUCUCUGGUGCAAUCAAGGCUGCAUCUGUUCUGCGUCUUUUCCGUGAGCACAUCCUCCUGUUUAGACUAAAAGGGCUAUCAGAGUGCUUUUACAGUUUAUUAAAAUGUUUGACAGACUCCAAAUGCAUCAAAAUGUCGGGUCGUACAGUCAAAAACACAUUUAGGCCCUUGAGAUGCAGGACUUGCAAAUUGGCUCUCGGGUAUUUGAUGAGAGAAAAUAAAUGAGGAGCUCUCGGCCUGGGAAUAAUUGACGUGUGAAGGUCUCGCGUGAUUCCAGUGGUUCUGCUUUUUUGUUUUGUUUUGAAGGACAAGCUAAUCCCAGCUUUACUGUUGAUGAUUAAUGACACCAACCCAGGGGCAACAGUGUGCUGUGCACAGAUCUAUUCGUUCUAACAAACAAACACUCAAUAAAUGUGUGGGUGUGCAGUGCCGCGAGGUGUGUAAGAUGUGAAGAUUUUACACUGCUCAAAAAAAUAAAGGGAACACUUAAACAACACAAUGUAACUCCAAGUCAAUCACACUUCUGUGAAAUCAAACUGUCCACUUAGGAAGCAACACUGAUUGAUAAUACAUUUCACAUGCUGCUGUGCAAAUGGAAUAGACAACAGGUGGAAAUUAUAGGCAAUUAGCAAGACACCCCCAAUAAAGGACUGGUUUUGCAGGUGGUGACCACAGACCACUUACAUUUACAUUUACAUUUAAGUCAUUUAGUAGACGCUCUUAUCACUUCUCAGUUCCUAUGCUUCCUGACUGAUGUUUUGGUCACUUUUGAAUGCUGGCGGUGCUUUCACUCUAGUGGUAGCAUGAGAUGGAGUCUACAACCCACACAAGUGGCUCAGGUAGUGCAGCUCAUCCAGGAUGGCACAUCAAUGCGAGCUGUGGCAAGAAGGUUUGCUGUGUCUGUCAGCGUAGUGUCCAGAGCAUGGAGGUGCUACCAGGAGACAGGCCAGUACAUCAGGAGACGUGGAGGAGGCCGUAGGAGGGCAACAACCCUGCAGCAGGACUGCUACCUCCGCCUUUGUGCAAGGAGGAGCAGGAGGAGCACUGCCAGAGCCCUGCAAAAUGACCUCCAGCAGGCCACAAAUGUGCAUGUGUCUGCUCAAACGGUCAGAAACAGACUCCAUGAGGGUGGUAUGAGGGCCCGACGUCCACAGGUGGGGGUUGUGCUUACAGCCCAACACCGUGCAGGACGUUUGGCAUUUGCCAGAGAACACCAAGAUUGGCAAAUUCGCCACUGGCGCCCUGUGCUCUUCACAGAUUAAAGCAGGUUCACACUGAGCACGUGACAGACGUGACAGAGUCUGGAGACGCCGUGGAGAACGUUCUGCUGCCUGCAACAUCCUCCAACAUGACCGGUUUGGCGGUGGGUCAGUCAUGGUGUGGGGUGGCAUUUAUUUGGGGGGCCCACAGCCCUCCAUGUGCUCGCCAGAGGUAGCCUGACUGCCAUUAGGUACCGAGAUGAGAUCCUCAGACCCCUUGUGAGACCAUAUGCUGGUGUGGUUGGCCCUGGGUUCCUCCUAAUGCAAGACAAUGCUAGACCUCAUGUGGCUGGAGUGUGUCAGCAGUUCCUGCAAGAGGAAGGCAUUGAUGCUAUGGACUGGCCCGCCCGUUCCCCAGACCUGAAUCCAAUUGAGCACAUCUGGGACAUCAUGUCUCGCUCCAUCCACCAACGCCACGUUGCACCACAGACUGUCCAGGAGUUGGCGGAUGCUUUAGUCCAGGUCUGGGAGGAGACCAUCCGCCACCUCAUCAGGAGCAUGCCCAGGCGUUGUAGGGAGGUCAUACAGGCACGUGGAGGCCACACACACUACUGAGCCUCAUUUUGACUUGUUUUAAGGACAUUACAUCAAAGUUGGAUCAGCCUGUAGUGUGGUUUUCCACUUUAAUUUUGAGGGUGACUCCAAAUCCAGACCUCCAUGGGUUGAUAAAUUUGAUUUCCAUUGAUAAUUUUUGUGUGAUUUUGUUGUCAGCACAUUCAACUAUGUAAAUAAAAAAGUAUUUAAUAAGAUUAUUUCAUUCAUUCAGAUCUAGGAUGUGUUAUUUUAGUGUUCCCUUAAUUUUUUUGAGCAGUGUAUAUAAAGUAUUUAUAUUAUACAGAUACAGUUGAAGUCGGAAGUUUACAUACACUUAGGUUGGAGUCAUUAAAACUUGUUUUUCAACCACUCCAUACAUUUCUUGUUAACAAACUAUAGUUUUGGCAAGUCGGUUAGGACAUCUACUUUGCAUGACACAAGUAGUAUUUCCAACAAUUGUUUACAGACAGAUUAUUUCACUUAUAAUUCACUGUAUCACAAUUCCAGUGGGUCAGAAGUUUACAUGCACUAAGUUGACUGUGCCUUUAAACAGCUUGGAAAAUUCCAGAAAAUGAUGUCAUGGCUUUCGAAGCUUCUGAUAGGCUAAUUGACAUCAUUUGAGUCAAUUGGAGGUGUACCUGUGGAUGUAUUUCAAGUCCUACUUUCAAACUCAGUGCCUCUUUGCUUGACAUCAUGGGAAAAUCAAAAGAAAUCAGCCAAGACCUCAGAAAAAUAAUUGUAGGCCUCCACAAGUCUGGUUCAUCCUUGGGAGCAAUUACCAAACGCCUGAAGGUUCAUCUGUACAAACAAUAGUAAACACCAUGGGACCAUGCAGCCAUCAUACCACUCAGGAUGGAGACGUGUUCUGUCUCCUAGAGAUGAACGUACUUUGGUGCGAAAAGUGCAAAUAAAUCCCAGAACAACAGCAAAGGACCUUGUGAAGAUGCUGGAGGAAACAGGUACAAAAUUAUCUAUAUCCACAGUAAAACAAGUCCUAUAUCGACAUAACCUGAAAGGCCGCUCAGCAAGGAAGAAGCCACUGCUCCAAAACCGCCAUAAAAAAGCCAGACUACGGUUUGCAACUGCACAUGGGGACAAAGAUCAUACUUUUUGGAGAAAUGUCCUCUGGUCUGAUGAAACAAAAAUAGAACUGUUUGGCCAUAAUGACCAUUGUUAUGUUUGGAGGAAAAAGGGGAACACUUGCAAGCCGAAGAACACCAUCCCAACCGUGAAGCACGGGGUGGCAGCAUCAUGCUGUGGGGGUGCUUUUCUCCAGGAGGGACUGGUUCACUUCACAAAAUGGAUGGCAGCAUGAGGAAGGAACAUUAUGUGGAUAUAUUGAAGCAACAUCUCAAGACAUCAGUCAGGAAGUUAAAGCUUGGUCGCAAAUGGGUCUUCCAAAUGGACAAUGACCCCAAGCAUACAGUGAGUGAAAAACGUAUUUGAUCCCUUGCUGAUUUUGUACGUUUGCCCACUGACAAAGAAAUGAUCAGUCUAUAAUUUUAAUGGUAGGUUUAUUUGAACAGUGAGAGACAGAAUAACAACAAAAAAAUCCAGAAAAACGCAUGUCAAAAAUGUUAUAAAUUGAUUUGCAUUUUAAUGAGGGAAAUAAGUAUUUGACCCCCUCUCAAUCAGAAAGAUUUCUGGCUCCCAGGUGUCUUUUAUACAGGUAACGAGCUGAGAUUAGGAGCACACUCUUAAAGGGAGUGAUCCUAAUCGCAGCUUGUUACCUGUAUAAAAGACACCUGUCCACAGAAGCAAUCAAUCAAUCAGAUUCCAAACUCUCCACCAUGGCCAAGACCAAAGAGCUCUCCAAGGAUGUCAGGGACAAGAUUGUAGACCUACACAAGGCUGGAAUGGGCUACAAGACCAUCACCAAGCAGCUUGGUGAGAAGGUGACAACAGUUGGUGCGAUUAUUCGCAAAUGGAAGAAACACAAAAUAACUGUCAAUCUCCCUCGGCCUGGGGCUCCAUGCAAGAGCUCACCUCGUGGAGUUGCAAUGAUCAUGAGAACAGUGAGGAAUCAGCCCAGAACUACACAGGAGGAUCUUGUCAAUGAUCUCAAGGCAGCUGGGACCAUAGUCACCAAGAAAACAAUUGGUAACACACUACGCCGUGAAGGACUGAAAUCCUGCAGCGCCCGCAAGGUCCCUCUGCUCAAGAAAGCACAUAUACAUGCCCGUCUGAAGUUUGCCAAUUAACAUCUGAAUGAUUCAGAGGAGAACUGGGUGAAAGUGUUGUGGUCAGAUGAGACCAAAAUGCAGCUCCUUGGCAUCAACUCAACUCGCCGUGUUUGGAGGAGGAGGAAUGCUGCCUAUGACCCCGAGAACACCAUCCCCACCAUCAAACAUGGAGGUGGAAACAUUAUGCUUUGGAGGUGUUUUUCUGCUAAGGGGACAGGACAACUUCACUGCAUCAAAGGGACGAUGGACGGGGCCAUGUAUCGUCAAAUCUUGGGUGAGAACCUCCUUCCCUCAGCCAGGGCAUUGAAAAUGGGUUGUGGAUGGGUAUUCCAGCAUGACAAUGACCCAAAACACACGGCCAAGGCAACAAAGGAGUGGCUCAAGAAGAAGCACAUUAAGGUCCUGGAGUGGCCUAGCCAGUAGAAAAUCUGUGGAGGGAGCUGAAGGUUCGAGUUGCCAAACGUCAGCCUCGAAACCUUAAUGACUUAGAGAAGAUCUGCAAAGAGGAGUGGGACAAAAUCCCUCCUGUAUGUGUGCAAACCUGGUGGCCAACUACAAGAAACGUCUGACCUCUGUGAUUGCCAUCAAGGGUUUUGCCACCAAGUACUAAGUCAUGUUUUGCAGAGGGGUCAAAUACUUAUUUCCCUCAUUAAAAUGCAAAUCAAUUUAUAACAUUUUUGACAUGGGUUUUUCUGGAUUUUUUUGUUGUUAUUCUGUCUCUCACUGUUCAGAUAAACCUACCAUUAAAAUUAUAGACUGAUCAUGUCUUUGUCAGUUGGCAAACGUACAAAAUCAGCAGGGGAUCAAAUACUUAUUUCCCUCACUGUACUUCCAAAGUUGUGGAGAAAUGGCUUAAGGACAACAAAGUCAAGGUAUUGGAGUGGCCAUCACAAAGCCCUGACCUCAAUCCUAUAGAAAAUGUGUGGGCAGAACUGAAAAAGCAUGUGCGAGCAAGGAGGCCUACAAACCUGACUCAGUUACACCAGCUCUGUCAGGAGGAAUGGGCCUAAAUUCACCCAACUUAUUGUGGGAAGCUUGUGGAAGGCUACCCGAAACGUUUGACCCAAGUUAAACAAUUUAAAGGCAAUGAUACCAAAUACUAAUUGAGUGUAUGUAAACUUCUGACCCACUGGGAAUGUGAUGAAAGAAAUAAAAGCUGAAAUAAAUCAUUCUCUCUACUAUUAUUCUGACAUUUCACAUUCUUAAAAUAAAGUGGUGAUCCUAACUGACCUAAGACAGGGAAUAUUUACUAGGAUUAAAUGUCAGGAAUUGUGAAAAACUGAGUUUAAAUGUAUUUGGCUAAGGUGUAUGUAAACUUCCGACUUCAACUGUAUACACAGUUUAUUAGGUACACCCAUCUAGUACCGGGUCGGACCCCAUUUGCCUCCAGUACAGCCUGAAUUCUUCGGGGAGUGGAAACGUUGCUCAGUUGGUAUCAAGGGAACUAACGUGUUUCAGGAAAAUAUUCCCCACAUCAUUACACCACCGCCACCAGCCUGUACCGUUGACACCAUGCAGGAUGGGGCCAUGGAGUAAUGUUGUUACGCCAAAUCCUGACUCUGCCAUCAGCAUGACGCAACAGGAACCGGGAUUCAUUGGCCCAGGCGAUGUUUUUCCACUCCUCAAUUGUCCAGUGUUGGUGAUCGCGUGCUCACUGGAGCCGUUUCAUCUUGUUUUUAGCUGAUAGGAGUGGAAACCGGUUUAGUUGUCUGCUGCAAUAGCCCAUCCGUAACAAGGACCCUGACGAGUUGUGCAUUCCGAGAUGCCGUUCUGCACACCACUGUUAACGUAUUACGCUGUUAUUUGCCUGUUUGUGGCCUGCCUGUUAGCUUGCACGAUUCUGGCCAUUCUCCUUCGACCUCUCAUCAACGAGCUGCUUUCACCCACAAGACUGCCGCUGACUGGAUAUUUUUUGUUUGUCGCACCAUUCUCUGUAAACUCUAGACACUGUUGUACGUGAAAAGCCCAGGAGGCCGGCCGUUUGAGAUACUGGAACCGGCGCGCCUGUCACCGGCGAUCAUACCACGCUCGAAGUGGCUCCAAGCCACAUCCACGUGACUCACUGUAUGUAGGAGCGAACUAUUUCCGUGAACGGGUUGGUGUACCUAAUAAACUGAGUAUGUGUGUAUAUAUACACUACCAGUCAAAAGUUUGGACACACCUACUCAUUCAAGGGUUUUUCUUUAUUUGUACUAUUUUUUACAUUGUAGAAUAAUAGUGAAGACAUCAAAACUAUGAAAUAACACAUAUGGAAUCAUGUAGUAACCAGAAAAAGUGUUAAACAUAUCAAAAUAUAUUUUAUAUUUGAGAUUCUUCAAAUAGCCACCCUUUGACUUGAUGACAGCUUUGCACACUCUUGGCAUUCUCUCAACCAGCUUCACCUGGAAUGCUUUUCCAAUAUUCUUGAAGGAGUUCCCACAUAUGCUGAGCACUUGUUGGCUGCUUUUCCUUCACUCUGCGGUCCGACUCAUCCCAAACCAUCUGAAUUUGGUUGAGGUCGGGGGAUUGUGGAGGCCACGUCAUCUGAUGCAGCACAUCACUCUCCAUCUUGGUAAAAUAGCCUUUACACAGCCUGGAGGUGUGUUGGGUCAUUGUCCUGUUGAAAAACAAAUGAUAGUCCCACUAAGCCCAAACCAGUUGGAAUAGCAUAUUGCUGCAGAAUGCUGUGGUAGCCAUGCUGGUUAAGUGUGCCUUGAAUUCUAAAUAAAUUGCAGACAGUGUCACCAGCAAAGCACCCCCACACCAUAACACCUCCUCCUCCAUGCUUUACGGUGGGAACUACACAUGCGGAAAUCAUCCGUUCACCCACACCGCGUCUCACAAAGACAUGGCGGUUGGAACCAAAAAUCUCAAAUUUGGACUCCAGACCAAAGGACACAUUUCCACCGGUCUAAUGUCCAUUGCUCGUGUUUCUUGGCCCAAGCAGGUCUCUUAUUAUUAUUGGUGUCCUUUAGUAGUGGUUUCUUUGCAGCAAUUCGCAUGAAGGCCUGAUUCACACAGUCCCCUCUGAACAGUUGAUGUCGAGAUAUGUCUGUGACUUGAACUCUGUGAAGCAUUUAUUUGGGCUAACAUUUGAGGCUGGUAACUCUAAUGAACUUAUCCUCUGCAGCAGAGGUCUCUGGAUCUUCCUUUCCUGUGUUGGUCCUCAUGAGAGCCAGUUUCAUCAUAGCGCUUGAUGGUUUUUGCAACUGCACUUGAAGAAACUUUCAAAGUUCUUGAAAUGUUCCGUAUUGACUGACCUUCAUGUCUUAAAGUAAUGAUGGACUGUCAUUUCUCUUUGCUUAUUUGAGCUGUUCUUGACAUAAUAUGGACUUGGUCUUUUACCAAAUAUGGCUAUCUUCUGUAUACCCCCCCCCCCCCUACCUUGUCACAACACAACUGAUUGGCUCAAACUCAUUAAGAAGGAAAGAAAUUCCAGAAAUUAACUUAAGAAGGCACACCUGUUAAUUGAAAUGCAUUCCAGGUGACUACCUGAUGAAGCUGGUUGAGAGAAUGCCAAGAUCGCGGCAGGUGUUUAUUUCGCCUUCGCAGAAGGCAGGAAUCGUGGUCACAGGCAGGCAAUGGUCACACACAGCUAAGAAAACAGGCAGGUGAAUCAAAACUAGGACUGAAGACUAUAACUGGUUCUCACAAACGAGUUAGGAAAAGGCUUAGUAGAGUCAAAACUAACAAUACCUCACAAGGCACAAACAGAAUUACUUAACUAAAUAAGGAGCUGAUGAGACCAGGUGAGUAACUAACACAGGUGAAAUCAAUGAACAAAAAUGAAAGACAGGGCUACGUUAAACAACACAAAGAAACAGGGCUACGUUCAAGAACACAAGGUUGACUAAGAAAAUAAAUACAGAACCUUACAGUGCAAAGCUGUCAUCAAGGCAAAGGGUGGCUAUUUGAAGAAUCUCCAAUAUAAAAUAUAUUUGUUUAACACUUUUUUGGUUACUACAUGAUUCCAUAUGUGUUAUUUCAUAGUUUUGAUGUCUUCACUAUUAUUCUACAAUGUAAGAAAUAGUAAAAAUAAAGACAAACCCUUGAAUGAGCAGGUGUGUCCAAACUUUUGACUGGUAGGAUAUAUAUAUGUUUAUAUAUAUAUAUAUAUUGAAGUCGCAUUCCUUCCCUCUACAGUAUUCUUCUUGAUGAGGAGGGCCACAUCAAGAUAACAGGUGACUAAAGACUGUUUUGAAAACAUACAGCAGUGGUAGUUGCAGUAGUAGUUCGUUAGAAUAGAUGUAGCAGUAGUCUCUCUUCUACGUUGAAUCAAUUAAGCCCAUAGCUGGUGGCUGUUUUCCUCUGUCUUUGACAUCAAUCCCUUUUAUCAAAUGUAUUUUAGAUUUCGGGCUGAGUAAAGAGGCAAUAGACCAUGACAAGCGAGCGUACUCCUUCUGCGGGACGAUAGAGUAUAUGGCCCCUGAGGUGGUCAACAGAAGAGGACAUACACAGAGUGCUGACUGGUGGUCGUUUGGUGUCUUAAUGGUGUGGACCUCCCUCCCUUUCUUUUUGAUAAUGCAUUACACACAUACUAUAGCUAUUGGUUGGCUGCAGUGUUGCUGCAAUAAAAUCUCCAGUGCAGAGUUUCAUAUAGUGAAAUGAUGUUUGCACACAGUAUGUGGACAUGUAGUGCUAUGCAUACAGCCUGUAUGACCAGGUCACUACACUUGCAACCUAUAGUCAAAAUGUGGAUCUUAAUGCAGAGACAUCAUAAUGACGAUGCAUACUGGGAUGGUAGUAGUCCACAACUUCUACGCCAUACACUAGUCUCACCUCUUCAAUCCUCUUAUAUUAAAAGAUUAAUGCCGAUUGAAUAGAGCCAGACCUGUUAUAAUAAGGUUGCUGCAGACUAAUCCACACAUACACACAUUACUCCACCACCUCUAAAGAACAAAGGACUCCCUAAUGGUUUCUUAGCUCAGUAUUUUAGCCUCACGUUAAAACCAGAUCAAUACAAACCUUGUCAAAUGUAUCCCUUUAGGGCCAGAAAUUAUAACGCAAGCUUUGCUCUCUCCAAAAGAAACCCGCCAGGCACUCUCACUGAUAUCACCUUGAAGACACAUUUCAGUUGAAUGCAUUCAGUUGUACAUCUGACUAGGUAUCCCACUUUCCCUUUCCCUUUGCGCUGCAUCUGCAGUGUUAGAAGAAGUGCAUGUGUAGUAACUGGAAAAUAUUAUUAUCCUAUAUCAUGCCAUAGUAUAGUGAGUUUGUCAGCCAAGAAACGGUCAAAAUUGUGGUGAAACACAUUAUAUUGUUUUGUAAAGAGAUUUAGAGGAUUGGCACGGACAUUGUUUGUCUUUAUUUUCAGUUUGAAAUGCUGACAGGAUCUCUACCAUUUCAAGGCAAAGAUCGCAAGGAAACAAUGGCCCUCAUACUAAAGUAAGAUACGACAAUUUGUAUGGCAAUUAUAUAUGAAAUACGUUACUUUGUGAAAUAAUUUUUUAAUAUAUUUUUCUGUUUUGUAGGGCAAAACUUGGCAUGCCGCAAUUCUUAAGCCCAGAGGUGCAAAGUUUAAUACGGGCCCUCUUCAAAAGAAAUCCUACCAAUAGAUUAGGUAUGUAGUUUAUUAAAGUGUGUCAUUUCACAUGCUCCUCUAAUUGGAAGACUAAUUUACAGCAUUAGAUAAGCCAUUUCUCAUUUUUUAAAUGUGACACAGACUGCAUUGAAAUCGGAAUCUUAGCUCAUCUUCACGUUGAGGGUUUUAGGGACAGUGCAGGCUAGAAAGCACAGUUACCGCAUGUUCUCUCUUACCCCUCGGUGGAAGCUGGUUGACCAGUGUUAGGAUUGAAUAUAACCACAUUAAUCACUUCCUCCAUGAUUUAUAAGAUGGAGAGUAAUGUCAAGCUAAAUAUCAACUGUACCACAGGCAUCACUAGCGUGGUACCUGUGGUGCAGUCAGCUUCAAGCCAGAAGUCAUUCUUUAUGUAUGAUUGCGGUAAAUAUUAGUAACAACUUACUUAAAGUAGAGAGGUUUAAUGCUUUAUUACGUGUUAUACAACCGGUGGGUCUAAUCCUGAAUGCUGAUUGGUUAAAACCGCAUUCCAGCCGGUGUCUAUUCCACAAGUUACCACCGGCUAAAUCUUUAACGUUAAAACGCCUAUUUACUCUGUUCCAUCUGACUGCACAAUCCACUGUCUCAUCAGUCUAGCCAAGAAAUGUAUAAACUGGAUCUCCACUAUAAAAAGCAUCUAGACAUCAACAGCGGAGAUUUGUAUAAACCUUGCUGUCUGUCUCUCCGACAUGUGCAACAUUGUUUCAAUAUUCAAAUUCAAUCUCCAGCUGUCCCAUAGUAAUGAACGUGCCGGGAUGAGACAGACAGGCAGGCAGUGUUUCUCAGCCAGUCGAAAUAAUGAAUAAUGUGGCAUAAUUUUUAUGGAUAUAUACAAAGAAAUGUAAAUUGAAAAAAGGUAAAACAAAACGAAGUGCAACAAGUGCAAUCUUUCCAGCUUCAGUUUGAAGUGAUUGUGUUAGCUGUGUUGUUGGUCAUCUCCUCUGAACAACAGUGUCCUGACGAGUGAGCAUAUUUUCUGUGCCAGGCGAAAUCGCACCUCAUUAGCUCAUUGUUAUGGAUGUAUCCAUAUACAUUUCACUAGAAAACAGCUUAAACAAAUGCAAAUGCAGCUACUUUGCUGUUAUUCUGGCUGCACUUUUUGACGUGACUGUAAGUUAGCCGUAAUUGGCUAGCUAGCAAGCAAGGGAUAAGAACGUUUCCAGCCAGUAUGGCUAUGGAACAUUUAGAACUAACAACUUGUUCGCGUCCAUAGAUACAGAACAAUAAGACUGAACGGCUGGGUCGCGAUAGAACGAACGACCAGCCGGCUUGGGUAGCAACCCUAGAUUUGUGUCGGGACUAAAUCUUGCGGAAGGAUGAAAUAGUAUGAAUAAAUUCCUCAAAAUAACGUUUUGAAUUAAAAUAUGUCAAUCAUUAUUUGAAUAUGUUGGUAACCCGUUGUAUAAAAAUGAUACCGUGUUAGAUUCUACUGCACUGUUGGAGCUAGGAACACAAGCAUUUCGCUACACCAGCAAUAACAUCUGCUAAAUAUGUGUAUGUGACCAAUAAAAUUUGAUUUGAUUUAAUUUGAUAAUGCCCUCGAAGCCGGUGUUUGUAGGAUAUAUUGGCACGGACUACGUCUCGGGCCUAACAACACCAGUGGCAAUAUAUCCUCCAAACACCAGCUUCUCAGGCAUUAUCACUUAAUUAUAUGCAUGUAUAUGAGCCUUUACAGUUGAAGUCGGAAGUUUACAUACACCUUAGCCAAAUACGUUUAAACUCACAAUUCCUGACAUUUAAUCCUAGUACAAAUUCCCUGUCUUAGGUCAGUUAGGAUCACCACUUUAUUUUAAGAAUGUGAAAUGUCAAAAUAAUAGUAGUGUCAAAGUUGCGUCAAUUCAAAUCUGGCAUUAGGAACAAAAGAGGUCAACACGACUUCUAAGAUAUACUAGUUAUUUUAAUUAAUGCAAAAACCUUCAAUGGUAAAUAUGAUGUUUCGUAUAUACGGGCUCUCUGAAAUACCUCGCAGGGCACCCCAGAGAACUAAUCCAUUGUUCUAGGAUCUUGCUCAAAUACUCUGACAGAGAGAGUUUCCCACCUCUCUGCUGGCCAAUUAGAGUAAAGACUUGAGCGUGGUUUAGACUUACUCAGCCAAUCCGUUGAUGUACCCCUGUUGCCAGGCAUAAGUCCAUAUCAUAACAACCUGUCAUAGUGAGAAGAGCCAGCUCCCUUAGACACCAUUCCUACGUCCAAGGAAGGUUCACAGAUCACAAAGAACCAGUAUAUUCCAGUAUCUGGAGACAAAAUCCUUAUCUCAUUUUACCCCCUAAAACAGCUCUUCACAUCAAUCACAGCCUGCCAGGUGACACAACCUACAUUAGCCCAGUCAAGAAUGCAUUCUUUUUAAGUUAGUCAACCCAUCAAUUAUAAAAAUAAUAAAUCUCUCACAAUCCCCCUUUUCACACCCCUUAGGGUGUGAUUCAAAAAAUAAGAAAACACAGGGUGUCAUUCAUUAUAAUACAAUACAAACAAAAAUAAUCACACUUUUAUUAAUAGGCCAUAAUGAUACUAAAAAAUUUGGUUCCUAAAAUCCUCUGGCUGCAACAAAGAGGAGAGAUUAGUCAUGGUCUCUUUUAGUUGUGUUAUUCUCUGUGUAGGAUCAGAGCUAAGAUGCCCUACUCUGUAUCCUAUCUUACUAGUCCUAGAAAAACAAUUAGAAUCCCCUGAGACUUCAAACGUAGGCAACCUAUGUCGGAAUGACUUUGUUAUCGGGGGAUAUAGAUAGUUCAAGUUACCAUAAGACUCUUUCACCACAUGCCCAGGUGGCUUGCAUGGAGGAUAAACCUGUUUUUGCGUACUUCAGACUUUCAGACAGUACCUACCCUUCUAUGGGUCGCACUGCCAUUUCUGGUAAUUCCCUACUUUCACAAUACUACACCUGUCCCUAAACUGUGUAUGGAGAUCUACAUAUCCCCCCCCCCCCCCCCCCCCCCCCCCCCCCCCCGCUCGGUAUGAGCAACUACAUAAUCCCAGGAUGUACAUGGUGACAUACAUAUGGUGAUGUCCUCCCCUAAAGUCCCUAGUACUUCCCCUUUCCCUACGUCUAGCUGUCUCCUAUGCCUUCGUAGACUGUGCUCAGGUAUUAUUUUAUCAACUUGUUUUAGGUUAACUACUACUUCUGGCUGAUCAGGAGGGUUUGAGUGUGUUAGGAAUAUGGCCCCCACAAUCAGACAGCUACCUACCGUCAGGAGACCUGUGAAUCCCCACCCUCGCCCUGAGAACAUGUCAGACGCCAACCCAUUGCUUCACCUUCUACCGAACUCACACAGGGAUGAUCAGAUAGGGUAAGGGAAUCUUCGUUAAGGAGCCAACCCCCGAGCCCUAAUGGUGAUCGGUUCUUUCUCUUAACUCUGUGUUUGUUCAUCAGGUGUAACUGGGUUUACCUUUUUGCAGUGUGUGACAUGCACCCAGGUGGAUCUAAUAGGACUUGAUAGGGCCCUUCCCAACAGGCCUGCUUCCAGUUUUUCUUAUUUUAGGGACUGGAUCCACACCCAGUCUCCUGGUGAGAUAGAGUGGGUCACCCUCUCCUUUAGUUCACCUGUGGGGCACAAAACCUCUGACAUACAGGUGUGGUUAAUAAACUAUCUUCACACAUACAUGUUGAGCUCUCAAUUUCUAUUGUUUUUUUUGUUUUUUUUUAGUAUUUUUAUUUAUUUAAUCCUAUCAUUAUUAUUUAAUCCUAUCACUCCCCCUUUUUGACACAUGAUUUGCCCAUGUGUCAAUAUUACCACCUUUCUAAACCAUCCCUUAGGUAAUUUAUCAUCCAAUUGCCAUGCCUUUCAUUUUUGAGAUUGUCUUUUGCUUCUUUAUUGCUCCUCCCACUUCCUUUGUCUUUUAUGGCAGCUAAAUUCGACUUUCAUCCAGUUCAGAAUCAAUUAGUAAUCCAAUCUUCAAUCUCUUAUCUUGUAAAAACACUCAUGUUUAGUUCAAACUCUGUUCUACCCAGGCUCUCCCGGGCUUGACCUGAAGACUAAUUGUUGGACAUGACAAGUCUAUUUUUAGGUCACCUAAGUCUUCUGUCUAGCAACAAAGAAUAAAAAUCUCUAUGUUCAUGAUUAACCCAGUUAUAUCUAAUAGCCCACCAAAAACCUAAUCGUCUUUAAAUCACGACCAAUGUCAUAUCCCUCUUUACUCUCUACCAUUUGGAUAACAUCCCUGAUGUAUAUAUGCCUCCUUAGAGUUCCAAAUUACUUUACCAUGGGCUGCCAUUGCCUUCCCAUAGAUAAGAUCACUUAAUUUACCCGUAUGCAGUACAUAAUGGAGUACCCAAGCUUUACAGCAGUUUAUCAUUACCAAAAGCUCAUCAUUUGUUUUUUGUUUAACGGUUUUGGCGCUUCAAGUAUAGCAGUUUUCCUGGAUGAGUUUAACAUUCACCCCUCCUGAGUUAUAGUGUGUCCUAGGUAAAUGACCUCGCUCUGCCAAAGUUGAAGUUUCUUUUUGCUCACUUUGUGUCCCUGUUCUGCCAGGAAGGUUAACAAUUGGAUUGUAUCCCUCUUACAUCCCUCCUGAGUGGGAUUAGCCAAUAGAAUAUCAUCUACAUAAACUAACAUUUGGCUUCCUUCCCUAGGUUCAAACUUUCCCAAAUUCCUAGUUAUAGCCUGGGUUAAGAUUGUAAGACUUUCCGAGUAGCCUUGAGGCAUCCUAGCGUAAGUCCAUUUCCGUCCCUGAAAAGUAAAGCCAAACCACCCCUGACUAUCCGGAUGAACUGUGAUUCUAAAGAAAGCAUUAGCUAAAUCUAUCACUGUAAAAUAGGAGUUCUCUGGUUUCAAUUGGUUCAGCAAUGUAUGUGGAUCUGGUACUCAUGGAGCUCUGGGAAUUAUAUUUCUAUUAACCCCCUGCAAGUCCAUGACCAUCCUCCAGUCGGCGCUAGGUGCCGCCUUUUUAACAGGAAAUACUGGAGAGUUGCAUUGUGCCUCAUCUCCAGGAAUUAUCACCCCUCCCUUAAGUAAAUGCUGAAAUGUAGGUGUUAUCCCUUUUAUUGCUUCUGGUUUCAUAGUAUAUUGCUUUUGGUAUGGUCUAUUAUCGGAUCGAGGAAUCACUUGUACUGGAGCUACCCCCUUAAUUAGUCCUACAUCUGCUGUCCUUGUGACCAUAAUUUUGAAGGAAUUGCUGCUAACUCAGCCUCCUGUUCCUGAGUUAAGAAAAUCUCUUCCUGUCAUCCGUUAAAACUUAUCUCCAAGUGGACCCCGGGCAGGGUUUUUGCUCUCCAAUUUAACUUUCUUCUAUAUCUCCCAGUGGAGUGGCCAUACUGAUCCCCAUUUGGUGUAUUCUGCUAAUCAGUAAUGUUUUUCCCCUGUUUUAUCCAUUUACCUAGUGAUAACCAUUCCUCUGAAUGUUCUUUCACUAGGGCAACAUGGGGGCUCCACCUUUCUCUGUACAGCCUCUGGCUCUGUGAACCCAUGUUAACCCAAUUUGAAAAAACAACAAUCACAAAUAGCCAGGCCUCACUCAAUUUGAUAGCUCACUUUUAUGACCUAAAUACUGCCUAACUGAGAUGAGCUAAUCUCUUUCUCCUGGUUAUAAUCUAAAGAUGGUAGUAUACACAAAACAUGUGUCACACCCUGGUUCUGGGACUCAUUAUGUUGAGCCAGGGUGUGUGCAGUCUAUGUGUUUAUGUUCUAUGUUGGGUGUCUAGGUUGUUGUUUUCUAUGUUUGGUCAAUGACUCCCAAUCGGAGGUAACGAGUGUCAGCUGUCGGCUCGUUAUCUCUGAUUGGGAGCCAUAUUUAUACUGUGUGUUUUCACCUUGGGGUUGUGGGUUUUUGUUCUUUAUUCAGUCGGUGUAACUGAGGACGUCACGGAUCGUGUUUUGUUUUGUCGUGUGUUUCAAAAUUAAAAUCAUCAUGUUCACUCCCAACGCUGCGCUUUGGUCAUACUUCAUUGGCGAUCGUGACAGAAAAACCCACCAAAGAAAGACCAAGCAGCGUGUCCAGGAGCAAGGAGACUGGACAUGGGAGGAAGCGCCGGGCAAGGAGAUAGAGAGGCUGGCGAUGGCCCAGGUGGGCACAUCGUGGUCCUGGGAGGACACGCUCGGAGGCAAGGGACCUUGGGGAAGGAUCAAGGCCCUGGCGAGAGAGGAGCAAUGGCGGCAGCAGGGCCAUCGUCGGAGGGUCGUGAGUCAACCCCAGAAAAUUUUUAGGGGGGGGGCACACGGCAUGGACGACGGGGCUGACGGAGGAGAAAAGGGGGAGUAUCCAGGAGGCCACCAGGCCAGGGGUACACCGCCCUGUAUGUCCUGUGCGGAUGCCUCACACAGAGUGUGUGAGGGUAGGCAUUCAGCCAGGACGGGUGGUGUCCGCUGUUCGCUCCAGGCCUCCUAUCCGUCUCCACAGCCCGGUCCGGCCUGUUCCUGCCACCCGCACCAAGUCUACGGUGUGCGUCGCCAGCCCGGUCCGGCCUGUUCCUGCCACCCGCACCAAGUCUACGGUGUGCGUCGCCAGCCCGGUCCGGCCUGUUCCUGCCACCCGCACCAAGUCUACGGUGCGCGUCGCCAGCCCGGUCCGGCCUGUUCCUGCCACCCGCACCAAGUCUACGGUACGCGUCGCCAGCCCGGUCCGGCCUGUUCCUGCCACCCGCACCAAGACUACGGUGUGCGUCGCCAGCCCGGUCCGGCCUGUUCCUGCCACCCGCACCAAGUCUACGGUGCGCGUCGCUCGGCCAGAGUCUGCCGUCUGCCCAACGGCGCCUGAACUGCCCGUCUGCCCAACGGCGCCUGAACUGCCCGUCUGCCCAACGGCGCUUGAACUGCCCGUCUGCCCAACGGCGCCUGAACUGCCUGUCUGCCCAACGCCGUCUGAACUGUCCGUCUGCCAAGCGCUGCAUAAGCCGCCCGUCUGCCAUGAGCCUUCAGAGCCGUCCGCCAGACCGGAGCCGCUAGAGCCUUCCGCCAGACAGGAUCAGCCAGAGCCUUCCGCCAGACAGGAUCAGCCAGAGCCUUCCGCCAGACAGGAUCAGCCAGAGCCUUCCGCCAGACAGGAUCAGCCAGAGCCUUCCGCCAGACAGGAUCAGCCAGAGCCUUCCGCCAGACAGGAUCAGCCAGAUCCGUCAGCCAGCCAUGAGCAGCCAGAUCCGUCAGCCAGCCAUGAGCAGCCAGAUCCGUCAGCCAGCCAUGAGCAGCCAGAUCCGUCGGCCAGCCAUGAGCAGCCAGAUCCGUCGGCCAGCCAUGAGCAGCCCGAUCCGUCGGCCAGCCAUGAGCAGCCAGAUCCGUCAGCCAGCCAUGAGCAGCCAGAUCCGUCGGCCAGCCAUGAGCAGCCAGAUCCGUCGGCCAGCCAUGAGCAGCCAGAUCCGUCGGCCAGCCAUGAGCAGCCAGAUCCGUCGGCCAGCCAUGAGCAGCCAGAUCCGUCGGCCAGCCAUGAGCAGCCAGAUC